AUGCAAAUUUCACAUUAUCACAUUGCGACAGUGUCUACAGUCGGUCUAAUUGGAAGUUUUUACGUCUAUUAUCUUUAUAAGGAGAAAUUCAAAAAAAGGAUAAACUUGGCUCAAGAAUGGGUGCAUAUUGGUCAUUUAAAACAAAUGUACGCGUACCCUAUAAAGUCAUGUGCGCCAAUUUUAUUGAAUCAAGCUGAGUGCUCGCCGAUGGGGUUAAGAAACGGUUGGAUCCGAGACCGAGUACUGAUGGUUGUGGAUGCAGGGAACAACACUUUUGUAACAGCCAAAGUUUAUCCAGAACUACUAAAGGUAAAAACUUCUCUUAAAAGAGCUCUCUUGAAAUUGGAACAUCCUGAUAUGGAAACAAUUGAAGUUAAUUUAGCCGAGGUAGUGGUAACUCAACAACCUUAUCAAAUAGCUAUUUGGAAUACCCCCAUGCCAAUUUAUGACUGUGGCCAGCAAGUUAAUAAAUGGUUCACAAAAUGUCUUAACGCCAAAGAAAAGAAGUUUCGUUUAAUUUACUACGGAUCAGAAAGGAACGAGUCGCGGGUCGGAAUGAGACAAAUGUUUAAUAAAUGUAUAAAACCCCGUCCGGGCGAAGUAGUCUAUAAUAUUAUCAAUGAAGCUUCAGUAGAUGAAUUGAACACACGAUUGAAAAGCAUUAAAGUGAGUGAGGCCAACUUUAGACCCAUGUUUCUGCUAUCAGGAGCUAAGCCAUACGACGAAGAGAAUUGGAAAUAUGUUAAAGUUGGAGAAAAUAUAUUUGAAAUUAUAAAACCUUCCACGCGGUGCGUAUCGACCGCUAUCGAUCCCGAGACUGGAAUGCACAUCACAAACAUGGAGCCAGCAAACCUGUUGAAAAGUCGCCGUGGUUGUGCAGAUCCAGAAAUGCGAAAAUUAAUAGGAGACCUGCCGUGUAUGGGCGUACAGAUGGUCCUUCGUAGUCAUCCCGGCGGCGGUCCAAUCUCUGUCAACGAUCCUAUUUAUGUUACAUAUAAACUAAUGCAUUAA